CCUCUGGGAACACGAGGCCGGACCUAAAACCGUCUUUUUCUGGGCGCCGGCCAUGAAAUGGGGUCUGGUAAUCGCCAGCAUAUCCGACAUUCAACGGCCCGCAGACAAACUGUCGGCGCCUCAAACGGGUGCGUUGGCGGCCACGGGUGUGAUUUGGUCGCGAUAUUCAUUGGUUAUAACGCCCAAGAAUUGGAGUCUCUUUUCGGUCAACCUCUUCGUCGCCGCCACUAAUCUCUACCAAUUGUUUCGCAUUUUUAAUCACAACCGAAGUCUUAAACACCAAUAAUAAGUCGCUAUUUAUAGUGAAUUGUAGUC